AUGGCCGGCCGCAGUGUGACACCCGAGCAGGAGCUGCGGAUCGUGCAGACCAUCUUGACGCUCCGCUCCCUCGGCGACGCGGCGUCCAGUGAGCGACUGCGCCGCAAGGUGCGUCGCUGCCUGCAGGAGUCCACAGACGACGACACGGCCAUCGCCACGGCCGACCAGUUGCUGCGCCGCUACACGAAGGUGGUGAGGAAGCUCGACGGCUCGUACGAGCGGGAGCGGGGGCUGAGGCGGCGGCGCAGUGAGCUGGAGACGCGGCGGGCGUCGCGGUUUGUCGACGAUGAGGCGGAGAGCGACGAGGACGAGGGCGAGGACGAGCUGAAGGGGGGCGAGCGGCCGCUCUGA